AUAUCGGACAAAAAGUCAUGUCUACUGAUAACAAAUUGAGUAUAAAGCACGCCUCAGUGCUUGCCGAUGAUAAAGUUCAAUGGGAUUAACCUUUAACACUGUGUGUGUGCAAUACAAGGAACCGUUCAUUACUUCCUUAUUUUAAUAUCAUCGGUUUAACAAAUUUAUUUUCUAAUAAAUCAAAUCCGUGGCUAACGACACAUUUAAAUGUCCCGCUCUUCAGUCACGUGACUCCUAAAAAAAAGUCAGCUGUAGCUUUGUAUAUAUUUUCGUGCAUCUGUCAGUUGGAGGGAUUGGGGUUCGCAUCAACAUGCCCAGUUGAGGGGUUUUUCGAUAUCUGACGAAUUGCACUUGGACGUGUUUUUCCCCCUUUGGGGAAAACUAAACAUUUCUCAAUCAUGGAAUACUCGAUAAACACUAGACCGUUGCUGCAAGAAUCUGACUCGGAGGAGGAGAAUGUAGACUUGAGGACACAAAGCUACCAGGAAAAUGUGGUAGUUAGAGACAACAAACCCCUGUUCAAGCAACCCGAGCCUAAUGAUAAAUUUAACUUGGCUUAUAUAAUUUUCUAUUUACUGGGUAUGACUACAUUGAUGCCAUGGAAUUUCUUCAUCACAGCAGAUGAUUAUUGGAUGUAUAAAUUCCGUGAUGUUAACAACAAUUUCACAAAUCUGAUGAAAAAUGAUGGCAAAAGAACUCCGAUGCAAGCUGAAUUUCCUUCGUACUUAAGUGUAGCUUCUUCAACUCCAAACAUUGCUUUUCUACUAUUGACAACUAUACUUAGCCAAAGGAUAUCUUUGCAGUUUCGAAUUUUAGGAUCUCUGAGCUGUAUGCUCAUUUUAUUUAUCAUAACCACUGUAUUUGUAAAAGUAAACACAGACGAGUGGCAACAAACGUUUUUCUUGCUAACACUUUGUUCAGUAGUGUUACUGAACGCUUUUAGCGCAAUUUUAUCGGGUAGCAUUUUCGGAAUAAUCGGAAAGUUCUCUCCGAAAUACAUCACUGCAACUGUCGGUGGACAAGCUUUAGGUGGAAUUUUUGCUGCCAUCGCGCAGAUCGUUUCUUUAGCUAUUGGAAUAUCCUCGCAGUUCAGCGCCUUCGUAUACUUUAUGAUCGGCAACUUGAUGAUCCUCGUUUCACUCGUCAGUUACGUGGUACUCUCCAGAACAGUUUUCUUCAAAUACCACAUCUCCGAGAAGACUGGAAUUACGGUGAACGAGUUCCAAACUGAACUAUCGCGCCCGAGGAUAGUGAACUACAGUACGAUAUUAAGAAAGAUAUGGACCUACGGAGUUAGCGUAUUCUUAGUGUUCACAAUCACGUUAUCCAUUUAUCCGGGAGUUUCGGUGCUAAUAGAAUCAGAAGACAAAAGUAGCGGAAGUGCUUGGACCAACACUUACUUUGUUCCUGUCGUUUCGUAUCUAUUAUUUAGCACCGGCGAUUACACUGGAAGGCUUUUAGCCGGUUACUUCCAGAAGCCAAAGAAAGGAAAAUGGAUAAUAGUAAUCAAUUUAAUGCGAAUUGUCUUCAUUCCGUUGCUUCUAUUCUGCAAUGCUCAACCCAGGCAUUCAAAUUUACCCGUGCUGCUUAACAAAGAUUAUUAUUAUAUCACAGUCAUUACACUGUUUUCUAUAAGCAACGGUUACUUGGCGAAUCUGUCGGUUAUUUGUGCCCCGAGGAUCGUCGAUCAACACGAAAAGGAGACAGCGUCAUCCAUGAUGACAGUUUUUAUGGGAGUCGGAUUGGGUCUAGGUUCAGCAAUUGGUCUACUUAUAGUGAAACUAAUAUAAUCACUACUUAGUUUAAAGUUAGUAUGAAUUGCACCACUGAUGAAUUUCUAGUCCACCAUUCCAAUCAACUCUUUGUACAUAUUAGUACACUAAGUUAUGUGUUAUUAUCAUACCGAAACGUGAUAUAAAAAAAAAUGAAAACUGUGUUCAUUACACUUGUUAUUUAUUUAUAU